AUGUAUGUUCAGACCGUCAGCGUGGCAGUGAGCGCGAUCUUGACCAGCUCGCUCGUACAGAACCGGACAUCCUCUCGAAUUUGGAAUCAGUGGGAGUUGGAUUCUGCCCCGUUCUUGAGCGCAGGCUCGCGUGGCCCUCGGAUGUCGUCCAGCCGACAACCUUGCCAGGCUGAUCGGUACCCAAGUUUCUUUGAAUAUGACGCUUCUCGUGCUAACCCGCAGCUGCAUCGCUAUGUGCCGUAUCAAUAG